UUGAAUUUCCUCUUCGAUUUCGUGGUCAUUUUCAAUAAGGCUACCGUUGGCUCUUUGAAUAUCCUCGGUUGUUCUGAAUGACACAGCGUCAAACCGACACGCGCUCAACUCAAUGACUUUUGUCGUUAUCAGGACACAGAAACUCGGCACCGCUCGCCUACUUCUCUGCCUCGGGACACAGCUUUCUGAUUCGCUUUCGUCAAGAUGGCUUGCAAGUCAAGUUUCCUCAAUGGUAGAGGUCGCAGAUUCUCAUCGUUCAGAAAACUCCCAGGAAAGAGAAGGGACAAUACUAUGCUCAGACGCAGUCCUCUUAAUCCCAGCUCAUUGCAAGGAAGCCAACUCAUACGGGAGCCGUCAACCACUUGUGACAUGAGACUGAAUAUCCGGACGUGCUUUGGGCUUUUCGCUUCUGGAGGACUUUGGUUAUAAGUAGUCACCCGUGAGACCCGUGGUCUAAAAAAACCUCUCAAGUAGCAAGCAUGCCUUUGGAGCUUGACACGGUCUAA